AGUGUUGCUGUAGUCCCGGUACAGUUUGUUGCUGUGAUACUGAGUGAUGCGUAAGUGAAUGGGAAACUGUGAAGUCUGCUAUGGGGAUAUCCUACCUUCUGCACCCCGAAGUUGUUUCAGUAUUGGCACUAAAGUAUUUAAUAAGGUCCUGCGAUGAAGGCAAGGAAGUCUAAACCCAACAAACAGGGACUAAAGAAAAAGAAAGGUGUCAGUGAUGUUUCUCCUUCAACAAGCCUGCCACCUCUGCUUGAGGGCCAUCUGCGCUGCUUUCUGAGGGUGACCAUCAGCAAGGUGCUAUGGACCAUUGCAAAACCCCCGGUCUGUCCUCUUGUCAGACUUCGGUGGUGGGGUGAGACCUCAGAUGGAACAUUCUUUCGUCCAAGGGACUUAUCACAGUCAGAACAGAAAAGUGUGAAAACAACAGCACGCUAUGCAGUACGCUGUGGGCCGAAGCAGUUUACUUCGUACUUGGCUGAUAUGGAUACCCUGGUGCUGGAAGUAAUGACAAAAGCUGAUCAUCUCCCACUGGGUCGUGCACAAAUAAGUGGAAUUUCCCAGCUGUCUCCAAGUCAUCCCAUUAACGGAUUUUUUACGGUUGUUUCACCAGCCUCAGAGAAACUGGGCGAACUUCAGGUGUUGCUGUGCUUGGAGCCCUUGUCCGAGACGUAUGAAAGCAGCAGUUCCAUUCCAACUACAGAUGUAAGUCUAAACACGGGUCCAUGUGGUCAGGAGCAUGGUGUAAAGGCUGGCUUAAAUGGGAAUCAUCUGAUUGUUCCCUCCCUUUCUCGACGACUCUCUGGAACAAGCACUAGUGGAAAGGAGUCUGCGGGCAGCAGCAGGGCUAAUACCCCAAGUGAGAUCAUUUUAUUGCUGCAGAUGUUGGUUUUCAUUGACCCUUUUGCUCUUGUUUGUCGUGGUGCUGUGUAUGCUGUUGCCAUGGCCAGUGACCUGAAUACACAGCUACCUAGGAUUUUUCGUGAGGAUUUUACAGAUUCUGCUCAGAGAAGUAUGGACAGCUUUGUCUUUCCCUUACGUGAUGGUACCUCAGUGACUGAGACUUUAAAUAAGUUGGAACAACUGCUGGAGAAAGAAACGGCAGUUUAUUUGAAUAUACUUAGUCUACAACAUUAUGUAGAGCUUAUAACCCCGAGGGGACUAUGUGCGAUUAAGAAUCCAUCUAAGCCCUUUGAUUUGGUGGAUGAAACCGAAAAGCAGUUUCACGAUCGAUGGAUAGUGGCAGCCCAUCAUUGUGCGCUAGAAUGGGUGCAGAUUUCUAUUGAAAGGGACAUUAUUAGACAGUGUAAGUUAGAAGAGAUAUGUUGCCUGUGUAACUCCUUGGCAACUCAACUUAGUUCUACUCGUCUGCAGCAAUAUUUGGCAGACUUUAAUGAUAAAUCGUCUGAUUUGGAACAAGAAUUGUUAAAAAGGAAGAAAGGCAAGUUGCAGAGAGGCUCAAAAGACUACAAUAACCAUAAAGCCUUUCUGUGGAAAAUGGACAAACGUAAGAGACUAAAAUCGAGUCAGUCUAUUGGCCAAGGAUGCAAUGAGGGUUCACGCAAUGCACACAGACUUCUUUCUGAUACAUCUAGAGGCUCUAUGGACUGGGAAUCAGAAGAUCAGCAAUAUCCACCAUUACCGUUACCUGUGAAACCGCAAUAUAUGAACAAUAAUAUUCGACGUGGAAAGAGGAAUGCAGAAAUGGAACGAAGCCCAGGAGAAGGGGGCAGAGACCACCUUUAUUUCCAGCAGAUGUCUGCAUUUUCCAGUGACACUCAUGCUUCACAGCAGUCCGUUACUUCAGACGCUGCUCUAAAAAAGACUCAUUCUACAGCUGCAAGUAACCAAAAUCAGGGCUCAAAGCAUGUCUUGUUUGCAGAUAAGCCUGUUUCUGAACCCCAGUCUGAUACAGGUUUGGAAAGCCGAACUGACGCGCGGGUACUGCCAGUGGACAGUCAGGCGACCAAAGACAUCAUUUCAGUAUCUUUUGCAGUUUUGCUUGAUCGUGGCAACAAGCUUCGGAAUGCUAUGGUUACAUCAACAAUAAAAUCUGAUCUAGAUACAGAUCAUGGACUAAAAGAAAGCACUUAUCUUGUGCAGGAGGAGAUGAGAAAACCAGCACCAAUAUCAUCAGCAUGUUCGUCAGGACGACUUCUACAAGACAUACUGGACUCUGAGGUUAAGGGUUCUGUUAUAGAUUCUCUCCUGCCGUCACAUGGCUUUACAACGGAUACUGAGGACAAAGCAAUACAGUUACUCCUAGGAGGUGUGGAUUCUCCUCCUUUGCAUUACUGGGAUGGAACUGGGUCCCCUCCAGAAUCUCUGUCAGGAAUAAGUGUUUAUAAUGAAAGUGAACUCAACGACCCAUUGUAUGACCAGAGCCUUCUGGAGAACUUGUUUUAUAAGACAGUUAAAUCAGACACCAGUUUGAGCACUCCAUCCAGUGAAGAUGAGGAUAUAAAAGCUGCAAGGCAAUUCAUGAAGAUGAAACGUAGCUCCAGGAGAAGUCCCAGUAAAUGCCUGAAACAAUCAGCUGGACCACAUAAUCUGAAUGCUCAUUCUCAGAGAAGCGAGAAUGCAGUUCAAUUACAGCUUGACAAUUCCUUGUUGCCUGAUGUGUCAGAGCCACAGAAACAGCGAAAAUGCCAUGUGAAGCUGAGUGUUGACAGGUUGACACUGCUGGGUCGUAUUCAUUUGGCAAGGGUUAUAAUAGAAACUCUCAGGAUCCCACCAGAGAGUGCACAGACUACACCCAGCAAAAGGAGUAGCAGGGGGAAACCCCCGAGACCUGUGGCAAGAAAAUGCACUUAUUUUAUAGAGUUUCAAUUUCCUGUAUCAUCGUCAAAGGAAGCAAUAGGUCAGAUGUCUGUUGCAACUGAGGUAACCCGGUUAGCUUCCAGCAAAAUUGUUGGUGGAGUUGUAAAGUUUGCACAUCGCUUUGUGUUUCCUCUCCAUUUCACUGGAUUGAUGAUAGAGCACUGGUGGAGUUCGGACCUGAUAUUUAAAAUUUAUUCAAGAAAAGGCACUCAGAAAAAGCCAUUUCAUAUUGGCACAGCCAUGCUCCCACUGCGGGAUGUCGUUCAGUCUGAGCUACUAAGUUUGACUAGAGAGCUUCCUGUGCAAAGGUCAGAUGAGGGAACAGAACAAGAGGCGCUCGGACCUUUAAAGGUGUCUGUAGAGCUUGCUGUGGACAGUAAAGAUUUUAGUAGUAACAAUGAUAAAUCAACUAUAGCCCGGAAAUCCUCCUCGUAUGCCAAUACAAGCCCAGGACGGGCUGUAUGUCAUCCUGAACAAAGCUGUGUUGACCAAGGAAGAGCCAGCCCACAGAUGGUUUAUGUCGAAAAACACCCAAAGGAGGUGGACGAGGCAGAGGCUGGUUGGCCUUCAAUUAAUAAGGAAUGGACAGGAGCAAGUAUAGCAAGGCAACCACAGCCCACAUCUGUGCCCAUUUCUGACCAUUUAUUGCCACACAUGAAUACCACGGCAGAGGAGGAGGAGGCGGGAGGAAUUUUACUUCAUGUGCUUUUAAUAGUUUCAGAAGGAAGGGAGUUGGUUACACGAGAGGGUGGAAUGAAGGACCCAUGUAAUGCCUAUCUAAACUUUAAACUGUUCAGUACAGAUGAAGCCACUCGAUCACCUGUUUCAUGGGGCAGCAGCCACCCAAACUUCAACUUCUCACAGAUGAGCCCUGUUUCACUGACUCCAAGGCUUUUGGAACGGAUGAGGAACAACGUAAUGGUUAUUGAAGUGUGGACCAAGGUGGCCAGCCCAGGACUAGACAGACUACUGGGGCUGGUGAAGCUUCCUCUGCACCAGUUCUUUGUGUCAUUCAGGGAUCCGAAGAUUUCUGCUUUGUUGCUCCAGGCUCUUUACCCUGUGAUUGCUGUGGACAGUUACGUACCUGUAGUUGAUGUUUUUACAGGAAAAAAGAAAGGAAGUUUGAAAGUUCUUCUAGCGCUUGGCUCAGGGGAUCAGAUUCUGGCAAUGCAUAGACUAAAAAAUGAAGAAAGUGGUGCCGAUGUCCAUGUCGCAAGACCACCUCAUUUUCUAGAGCCACAGCAGCUCCCAGCCAAGGUACAGUGUAUAACAGCACAAGCGUUUUAUCUGUUACUGUAUUCUGUGUGCGAUGGCCAGGGAAUGGUUGGGGAAGAUUAUUUUUCACUUAUUACUUCUCAGAUGGAGGUGGAAGAAACACCGGGUAUGCUGGAACAUGCAUUUGAAAUCAGAGUAGAAAGAAUCACUGGUCUGACACCAGUGCAGGCCACUGUGUGGGGUGAGGCUGACUGCUAUGUACAGUAUCAUUUUCCAUGCCAGCAGCGGGAUUCUGAGUCAAGGAUGGACUCUCAUUUACUAGAAAGGGGAAUCCAGUUGAAACCUUUUCGAACUGCUACUACUCUGUGUGUCCCGGACCCAGUGUUUAGUGAUUAUCAGAGUCACAGCCUUAUUGUUCCAGCGGAUGUUCCGGUACAGAGGCUGCUUCUGAGCGCUUGUGCCAAGCGGGGUCUUAAAGGAGGAGGAGGAAUACCAUUUGAAGUCUGGUGCAGGUACUAUUACCCAAAUGUGCGGGAGCAGGUGGUUGCCAACGGAACACUUCCACUGUCCAAGCUAUGUGCCUUGGUAACAAUGCAUCAGCAUGAAAGGGUCGGCGUUCAGGCCUUCAGUCUACCUUUGAUCCCCAGGAUAGACCAUGGAGAAAAGUUUCAUCUGCAGCCAUCAGGUUUGCUGAAUAUCACUGUGACAUACAGACAAUUACAGGCAGUAGAAAGCCUGCAGCAAGGAGUCCUAGCUACACGUACUGUUGUCAUAUCUGUGCAGAUACACAGAGCUGCUGGGUUACAGGCUGCAGCAAGGGCUGCAGCCGGCAAAGAUACGUCACUGCAGUACUGCGCUGAUGCCGGAAUUAAUGCUUUCAUCACAGUGCACUUAUCUUUUCUCCCAGAGAGCGAACAGAGGUGCACCCGGACAGUAGCCCGCAUGUUUUGCCCUGAAUUUGACCAUCAUGCUGAAUUUGUGUGCAACCUUAUUAUUCAGAAGUCAAGUGGGGAGGCUUGUAGUUUGGCAGAACUGCUCGAGUCUGGUGAAGCUAUUUUUUCUGUAUAUCACCAAAGGGAGAAAAGAGUAUGGGCCACAAAGCCUCAGCCAAUAAGAGACUUCCAUGACGUUGUACUGGGCACAGUGAAAGUUCCUUUGCGAGACCUACUGGCAAAGCGAUCAGGUAUUACAGGAUGGUAUCCUGUGAGUUUACCUGAGGAUGUCCUUCCUCUACCCUCUGCAGUACUUCAAAAUACUUUUGGUGGAUUAGAGCUUUCUAUCUGCUUUGCUCACCAUAAUGAUAGGGAGCGCAUCUUGGAAGCAGCAAAGUCAUUAGGUCUAAACUUUGGGACUGAUCAGAAAGGUGAACAACGAGCAGAGGGCAGAGUGAUUGUGAAGAUCGCUGUUCCUCGAGUAUGGCUGCCAGUACACUCCUUACUACUAGCAGGACAGAAACACAUCCACAAAUCUACCUACUGUUACGUCCGCUAUAAAUUCUAUGAUAGGGAAGCCACUUGCACGAAACUGAAACGACCAGAGUUGUCUCAAGAUGAAAAGCAAGCUGUUGUUACCAUAGAACAGACAUUUUCUUUGAAACUACGACUGAGCCAGCCUCUUCUGUGGUAUUUGCAAGAAGAGAGGCUGGAAAUUCAGAUUUGGAUGGCUUAUGGAAAGGAUUCAGAGGUUCCACGACCACAUAACACAGACCGCUUGAUUGGCUCUGCUUACACUGAUCUAGAUUCCUUGGGAAAAAGUUCAUCAAGAAAGGUCGCUCUGAGCGGUGUUUAUCCACUCUUCAGGAGGAAUGCAUCAGACAUGUCGGGAGCUGCCGUUAGGGUCCACAUCACAAUUGCUCCUGUUGACCUCUCCCUUGAGGACCACACAAGGCCUCUGCACAGCAUCAUUUCUGAAGAAGAUGUCAGUGAUGAGGAAGGAUGCAAAGCAGAGAACCUUGUGGCCUCUGAGGGGGAUGUGGAAGAGGCUGAAAGCUGUGCUAAUGGAAACAAAGAUGUAUCUGCUGAGCUCCCAGGCAGAAAAUGCGAAGAACAACCACAGGUUGAUCUACAAAACACAUUUGCUGUCAACAUCACCGUAGAAAGAGCUAUGCAUUUAAGCCUUAAAGGGAGUCCUCUGGCAGAGCAGGCUGGAGCAGAGCCUAGCUGCUGUGUAUCGUAUGCUGCUGCUGAAGGUAUUGGUACAAUAAUCACACCAGUUAUAGAGAACACAGCCUCUCCUGUUUGGGACCAUCAGCAACAGACACGGCUUUCCAAGGCUCUGCUGCUGGAUCCACAGCAAACUCUGGUGUUCAAAGUGUGGCACAAAGCAGAUAUGGAACGAGUGAUUGGCUUUGCUUCUGUGGACCUUUCACCUCUUCUUUCUGGGUUCCAGUCUGUCUGCGGUUGGUACAAUAUCUCCGAUUUUAGCGGGAAGUGCCAGGGGCAAAUCAAAGUAGCAGUUACACCUCUGGAGAGUGUUCUUCACCUACGUGAGGAAAAGAGAACAAGGAAUUCAACCAGACCUCCUCAUGCACAGGUUACUGAGUCAUCAUCUUUGUCAUAUCAGACACACGCAAUGUAUUCGUCAUUUCCAAGUCAUAUUACUAGAUACUCAGAGCAACUCAUUAAUGCGUCUACAAGAGAACCUGUCACUGGUUUGGAGCGGACCACUGAGGUGCAAAGUGCACGUCACGAAGAGCAUAUGCAAAAUGUCCGACGGUUCCAUGAAUCGCUGCAGCUGGCUGAAUGGUCCACUCGCAGUGCUGGAAGUAUGGAAUCCCCGCUGCAGUCCUCGCGAUCGUCAGUUCUCACUGCCCUCCGACACAACCUGAAAGAAUUGGAUGACAUCCAGAAAUAUUUUAAUCAGAAGUUGAGUAAUCCCUUUUCUGACAAGAGUUGCAGCAUUUCGCAAAAUAGGCAUGAAAACGAAGACCAAGGCCAUCAAAAAAGUUUUGAAGUAGACAGGGACAGUAAGAAGCUUGUAGAAAACUCAGACAAGCUGGCAUCCGAAGUCACCAGUCUGCUUAGUGGUCUGCAGCAGAAAUCCACUGAUUUUAAACUUACCCAAGAAACACCUGAGGCCAGUGGGAAUGUGGUAAACCGUUCUGCAUCGCAUAGCCAAGAUAUUCUGACAAAAGAAAGCAACAGCGAGCUGCACUCAUAUGAACAGAGAUCAGAGGAAAGUGGCGCACAACAUGUUGAAGCCCUCUCGCCUGCGAUGCAAGCAUUUAUAAAACGUGCUCCCAGUGCCCACUCAGAUGAGGAGGAUGCUGAUGAUGAAGAUACUGGUUCUGUCAUGCAUGAGCAGGUUCCUGUGAUUAAACAUUCCUUUUACUCCUGCAGUGAAGGAGACUAUGAAGAAGAUGUAAUAGAACCUAGAACUCUAAACGAAGUGACGAUAGCAACUGAUAAAACUAGCCCAUGGUCUAGUGUGUUAUCAGAAAUGGAACAAGAUCCUGGGCAGCUUCUGUCAGACAAAAUACAACGAUUUCAGCAGUUGGAAUCUGUGGAACACUUGCCUGAGGAAGAUGCACAGAUUAGAAACAGUCCACUGCCAGACAUACUGCAUGCUGGUCAUUCCAGCAUUCCAAGUUCUUCAUCUGUGGUUGAACGAGGACAUGUACAGGCAGAUGUGGAACAUUCCAGCAAAUCAGAUUUUGGCACUGAAUCAAGUGAGUCUGAGUUAGAUGAGUUGAAAAUGAUGCAGAACGAAAGGGUGGUGGAGAAGCAGGUACAUAGUCCCAAAUCAUUGACGGGUAUAAAAGAUGAUGUACCAGAAAACAGCAUGUGCUCACCCACAAAUUACAUUAAUUCCAGUGCUGCAUUUGAAAGAACUGACUCAUUGGCAUUAAUGUUCCAGAAUAACACAGACAAAUGUAUUCAAAGCGAAUUAAAUAUGGAAAAGAAGUUGGAAGAAGAAAGAGAUUCAGAUGAAGAAGUCGAUGAAAUUCUUGUAGAAGUAUUACCGUCAUCAGAAUCUCCUUGUAAUAUAAUAACUACUAACAGAGGUCAAGAAGAAUUACACGAUGCCUCAGAGGAUGAAAGUCAACUACAGGGAGGCAUGUUGUAUCCUUUCUACAAAUCUGAGCCUCUCGUCCUUCCUAACUUUUUCCUUCCAGUGCAGCAUCUAGAAGCUUCAAUGAGGGCUCUCAGUAUGGCUCCGGUGUUCCCUGCUGCUAGUUCAAAUACCGUCAAGGAUAUUACUCCUAGGGGACUAAGGGUCCGUAUACAACCUAUUGUGGCCAACAUAGAUAGUGUGCUUUCCAAAGAAUGGGCAGAGGCACAACAUUCAUCAUCUAUGCAAUUUGUUGAUUGUUUACUAAGGUAUUAUGACAGGACUAUUCAGAGUCAACUUACGGAGAUUGAAAAUUUGUGUGGGGAGGUAGAACAAUUUAAAUCGGAAGUGGUAUAUUCACAACAAGUAUCAGAUCUGGCUAAGGACCUCUCAGUAUUGGAAAAACAACUUACAAAAAGGAAGAUUAAUAAGUUUAAUCGUGAUUUGAUGGACUAUGAAAAAGGGAAACCUUUUGUAAAUCAAAAAUCUGUUAGAUUUCAGGAUUUUAGAUCCAGUAAUAGUUUUAAUAAUAAGAAAAGACCUAGGUCCAUCUUAAGACAACAUAAAUCAAUGUCUGAUACUACAUCAGAGGAGGAAGCUUCCACCCUAACAGAUGGGGAAGGUUCAUUACGCCAAGUGUCCCCAGCAGCGAAAAGGAAACAGCCCCCCCCUUUAGAACUAGGGGUAGGAGGCGGGGGGGGUAAGAAGCAUAAGAACAGAUUCCGGCAACAUAACUUUACAGUCCCUGUUACAACAAAUGGUGACAUAAAUGAUAACAUACACAAUAUUUCCUCUUUUGAACUUUCUCCAAUACAUAUAAAACUGCUGAAUAAAGGGCUCUCUUUUGUACCCUCAUUUUCGGUUUCAGAAACUCAAUUAUUGCAAGAUGUUGAUGAAUUUUGUAGAAUACUUAAUUUGAAAAUCUUUUUUGCAGAUCAGGAAUACACUCAAAGAUCUUCUGACUUCAAGUUUAGGAAAUCUAAAUUUGUUCCUCCCAUGAACAAACAUGUGUCCAUUUUUAGAGAGUGUGUAAUGAAGGAGUUACAUUUCUCCAAUUUGUAUGGUCUUACCGCAAAUAAUUUAACAUCUUUAGAAAGACUAGCUUUGGUUGAGCUUAGUAAUAAUCAUGACAUAGUUAUAACUAUGGCGGAUAAAGGAGGAGCAGUUGUGGUUUUGGAUUAUUCAUUAUAUAAUCAGGAAGUUUCACGACAGUUGGCAGAUUCCAGUUUUUAUAUGGUACUGAAUGUGGAUCCGACUCUUUCCUUUAAGAAAGAAAUUGAUGACUUUUUGGAUCUAUCAGUUCAACAGGGUACCAUUACGACACAGGUAGAACACUGGUCAAAUGAUGACAAAAUACAGGCUCAACCAGGUUACAUUGUAAUGUAA